CCCCGCGUCACGGCACGCACAGGGAGGUGCAGAGUUGGGCGGGUCCUAGCGGCGUGGCCUGACGGCGGCGGGAGUCUGUAAUCGCUCUCUUGGCUGUGGCUCGCGCGGCUCGCACGGCUCGCACGCUCUGUGGGGGAACAUGGCGGACAUGGAAGAAAUUAUUUUGCCCAAGAAGCAUAAGAAGAAAAAAGGGGUGAAGUCAUUACCAGAAGAAGAUGUAGCCGAAAUACAGCACGUCGAAGAAUUUCUUAUCAAACCUGAAUCCAAGGUGGCUCAGUUGGACACAUCUCAGUGGCCCCUGUUGCUAAAGAAUUUCGAUAAGCUCAAUGUAAGGACGACACACUAUACACCUCUUCCCUGUGGUUCAAAUCCUCUGAAGAGGGAGAUUGGGGAUUAUAUCAGGACAGGUUUCAUUAAUCUCGACAAGCCCUCCAACCCCUCUUCCCAUGAGGUGGUGGCCUGGAUCCGACGAAUACUUCGGGUGGAGAAGACAGGGCACAGUGGUACUCUGGAUCCCAAGGUGACUGGCUGUUUGAUCGUGUGCAUAGAACGAGCCACUCGCCUGGUCAAGUCACAGCAGAGCGCAGGCAAAGAGUAUGUGGGAAUUGUCCGGCUGCACAAUGCCAUUGAAGGGGGGACUCAACUUUUUAGGGCCCUAGAGACUCUGACGGGCGCCUUAUUCCAGCGACCCCCACUGAUCGCUGCAGUCAAGAGGCAGCUGCGAGUACGGACCAUCUACGAGAGCAAAAUGAUCGAGUACGAUCCCGAGAGGAGACUAGGAAUCUUCUGGGUGAGUUGUGAGGCCGGCACCUACAUUCGGACGCUGUGUGUGCACCUCGGUUUGUUACUGGGAGUCGGCGGUCAGAUGCAGGAGCUUCGGCGGGUUCGUUCUGGAGUGAUGAGCGAAAAGGACCACAUGGUGACAAUGCAUGAUGUGCUUGAUGCCCAGUGGCUGUACGAUAACCACAAGGACGAGAGUUACCUGCGACGAGUUGUGUACCCUUUGGAAAAGCUGUUGACAUCUCAUAAACGGCUGGUUAUGAAAGACAGUGCGGUGAAUGCCAUCUGCUACGGGGCAAAGAUCAUGCUUCCGGGUGUUCUCCGGUACGAGGACGGCAUCGAAGUCAACCAAGAGGUCGUGGUCAUCACCACCAAAGGGGAGGCGGUCUGCAUAGCCAUUGCGCUAAUGACCACAGCGGUGAUCUCUACCUGCGACCACGGGAUAGUAGCCAAGAUCAAGAGAGUGAUCAUGGAGAGAGACACUUACCCUCGGAAGUGGGGUUUAGGGCCAAAGGCAAGUCAGAAGAAGCUGAUGAUCAAGCAGGGCCUUCUGGACAAGCACGGCAAGCGCACAGACAGUACGCCUGUCACUUGGACACAGGAGUAUGUUGACUACAGUGAUGCCGUGAAGACUGAGGAGGUGGCCGAAGCAGUGAAACCCCCGAAGCGGAGGCGAGAGAGCGAAAGUGACGAGACCUCUCCAGCGUCCACGCCAUUGGUCAAGAAGGAGAAGAAGAAGAAGAAGGACAAGAAGGCCAAAGCUGCUCUGGAGAGCGCGGGCGAGCCGGGCGACGGGGACAGCGACACCACCAAGAAGAAGAAGAAGAAGAAGAAAAUCAAAGUGGAAGAGCUGUCUGGGUAGGGUGCAGGCAGCACCGGGCCCCUCUGGGAGGAGCAAUUAAAGCCUUAUGGAGACAGCAUAGUUCCUUUUGUUUUUGAGGGAAUGCAGCAUAGGUCCCGGGGAGGGUGGGGAGUCACUGGCAUGUUUCAGCUGCCACUCGAGACCUCAGUGAUGUUGCCUGGUGUGGCCAUCCCAUCUUGUCCUGUUUUAAGGAUACGGGUGCGGGAGGCAGAUUUGACAGCGCCCAGUCCUCUGCUUGGGAGAGGCGGGAAGCCUCGCCUUUGGCCCCAGCACUGCCCAGUAACCGCGUGCAGCUGUUUCCUGAUGGCCGUUUAACAUUGUCCUCCUCACUUGCUUCUGCCACCCCCUCUCCUUCUUUGAAAAAGAUUGUAAAAAUUGUGCAGUGAAAUGGUAUAGAGCAAGUAAAAGAAUUAAGUGAA